ACGAGAAAAACUCAUAAAAAGAAAACUGCGAAUUUUUGUUGAAAUUCGGGCGCAAUAUUGUGUGAAAAAGGCUAUAAUUUGUUUAAAGUAUUAAUAUUGUGUAUGUUUUUCAUGAACUUGUUGAAAUUUUAAAGACAGAUGUUAAGAGAAGUGAAAUUUUCGCAAUAAAUGUAAAAUUUGCAGCAAUCUGCAUUGGUGAUUUUUCUGCGACUUCAGCUAAAGGGAGGGCGAAGCGCAUACAGACAGAGAUUAUUCUCAUUGGUGUACAACAAACGCUGCAAUCAUUGAACAUUUUUUGAAACUACAAAAAAGGGUCACAAAUUUCGGGGUAAUGCUAGGCGGCAGUACGGAUCGUCUAUGCACACCGAGCACAUCAGCUGGCCCAUUUCGUAUUUUUGCCGUCACUGGUUUCCAAAACCGGGCAAAUGAUAUUGUCUAUUGUCCACCGAUACGGCCGACGGGCAGUGAGAAUGCAGAGGACUCAACUGCCGUUGUUUAUUUCGGAGGGGACGUACAGGACUUUCCGGAGAGCAUGGAAACGAAUCGAGAUAGUCGUGGGUACAUGAAAUACAACUUAGAGAACUCUGCCAUUCUGUUGCGUGAAGCUUUUCCGCGCGCACAUAUCAUUGUUAUACGGCCCGUAAGAAUGGAAUUUAAAACAUUUAGUUGUUUCGAUAAUUUUGUACGUGGUAAUAACGCCGGUGUCCCCGAUCAUACUCCAAUGAACCACGCAUUACAACAUUUGGAAAAAUUACUUCAAAAUCUUUCUCAACGACUGAUCUCCAUACCCGAAAAUGAGAUAAUGGAUCAGGCUGCUCAAGCAGCAGCUGCUGCUGCUGCUGUGGCUGCCGCCGCCGCAUUGGUAUCAUCUACGCUCUCCACUGCUUCGACUGACACGUCCGCCUCCUCAUCAACGUUGAAUGAUAAUAAUCAAGAUAUGGAUAUAGAUAUAUUACAAGUUCAGGAGAAUGUAACUGUUGAUGCAGAUGGCGCGGUAAUAUUUCCAAAUGUCGCCGGUACUGGUACCGGCGUUGCAGUAACCAGUGGUAGUAAUACUACUAGUGCAAGCGUUACAUCAUCAGUAAAUAAUACUGCUAAUAGUAACAUUGCCGCAACGGCCACAACUCCACAUAGCACCCAAAAAGCUCCUCUACAACCUACUGCUCAUCAAUCGCAAACAAAUAACGCACAACACUUCAAUAAUAUUGGUGGUGGCAGCAGCAACAGUAAUGAGUGUUUAACACAAGCACAGCAACAAUCGCAACAACUCACCCGUCAGAAUAGCAAUCCUUUAUGGUGGAGGGAAAAUUUGAAUUUAGAUAAAGCGAAACUAGUUUUGAUUGGUUUCAGCAAAGGAUGUGUGGUCCUCAAUCAAUUUAUUUAUGAAUUUCACUAUUUGAAAACUCUAACACCGGACGAUAGUACAAUGAUACGUUUGCUUUCACGCAUCAAAGAUAUGUAUUGGCUGGAUGGGGGUCACGGUGGCCAAAAGAACACAUGGAUUACAUCCAGAAGCCUGCUGGAAACACUUACACGAAUGGGCAUGAAUAUUCAUGUACAUCUGACGCCAUAUCAAGUGCAGGAUGAUCGUAGGCCAUGGAUACGAAAGGAGGAGAAAAUCUUCACAGACAUGCUUCGCCGCCUGGGCGCACCAAUUACGCGCCAUCUGCACUAUGACAGCCAAACAGCGAAUUUAAUGACACAUUUUGAGGUGUUACAAGCCUUUUGCCAGCACAUACAUACUCUAAACCAGCAAUUGCAAAUGCAACAACAACAGCAAAGCGCUCAACAGCAACAGCAAGCAUCAGCUCUACAACCGUUGCAGCAAUCUUCAAGUAACAUUCAAAUUAAUGAACAAUUACAACCACAACAAGCACAGCUUAACAAUUCAAAUCGUACAGAGUUGGGCAAGGCAAGCAAUAGCGGACCGAAGUGACAUCACCGUCGUCGCAAUGUUGGCCGUUUACACUUGCGUAGGGUAGCAGCUGUAUCUGCACCGACCAGCAGCAGCAGCACAUCUGCAACGACAUCAAAGAAAGUAAUGCAUGUAGCGCCACAACCACAACAGCAACAGCCGUUACCGCAACAGCUUCCUCAACAACAACAGCCUGUCGUCGCUGCACCAUCAAAUUUCACUUUUCUCGACAUAGCAACCACAUCAAUUGUAAAUAAUUAUACGCGACAUUUCCCACAAAAUACAAACAUACCAGCUUCAACUGCAACCACAACAGCAGCUAUACAAAAUCGUCAACGCCAAAAAGCGCCAAAUUUGCAAAGAGUUCGGCCAAGGCCGAAUCAACGUCAGCAUCAACACAGAGGGCAACCAACUAAAAUUCACCAUUAUUCACGUGCAAAAGGUAGACUUUUGCAGCACCAGACUUGUCGUUAAAUUUAUCGGAAACUAAAACUUCAUGCAAUAGUAUGUAAAAGUAUAAAUGCAAAUAUUUAUGCACAUACUCUGUCACCGUGCAAAUGAAAUGUCCUUCAUGUUCUGCUACAAUAUUAUUUAUCAAUUAGUUUUGUGUUGUAAUUUAGUACGUUAAGAGAAGAUUAUUUAAAUGUCGAUUCAUAUAAUCUAUAAAGCAUAAUAACAAAAACAAAUUCGAAUUAAUAUUAAAUUGUAAUUUUAAAAUUGGCAGACAUUCGGACUUAAUGGAUGUGUAUGUAAAAAGUAUGUAAACCGAGUAGUUUAACUUGGACUCAUGAUUAGACAUAAGUGUUAUGAACACAUUCAUAAACAAUUCAAAUGUUGUACAACACACUCUCCCACUGAGACCAAUGAUCUUGCCGUGGAGAAAGUACAUGAUUUACAUGAAUUUUUAAUAUUAGGCUACAUAUAAUUUAAGUAUUGCUAUCAAAGAGAAUUUGGUGCACUAAAUUUAAGCGUUAGUUCUAUUCUAGGUAGGUUGCUAUGUAUAUUUAAUUCAAAUCCAUACAUUUUUAUAAUUUUGAUAAAUCUGUCGCAGAUACAAUUUUUUAUACACAUUAAUCACCAUUCACCAGUGCAAUUCCUUUAGACAUUUAUACUUUGUUUUAAUGAUCUAUUAUUUAUUCAUCUCUUAUUUAGUAUACAUUCUUUUAAGAUUACUUACUUAUUAUCAAAAAAGGCGCCAAGUUUGCUUUUGGCAAAAAAAAAAACAAAAACAUUUAUUUUUAUUUAAAUGCAAUUUAGAGAAAAGAUAUUAAAUUUUUAAUAUUAUGCAUACAACUUCACACACAACCAACACUCUUCAUCAACUGCAGAACUACAAAGAUAUUAUUUGUUCGAUAAUUAGGAAUUAUAUCACUUUAUCAUAAACUCUGUUUUGCGCCAAUAGUAAAGUUGUAAUAUCGUCAACAUCAAGGCUACUGUGUGUUUACCGACAUCAAAUAAAUAUAAAUUUGUAACGUUUCGGCAGUUGUAUAAUAAAAGAAGCGUAAAACAAAAAAAAAA